AUGGAAUCGGUCGAUAAUAAAGCUCUGUUUUACGACAAACUGAAGUUCUGCAGGAUUUGUCUGGACACGGAAGAAACAGAGGAUUUGAUAAAGUCUCCUUGCGUCUGUCGAGGAUCUAUGAGUCAUGUCCACGUCUCUUGUUUGGAGAAUUGGUUCAACACCUCGUCCCGGACAUCCUGCGACAUCUGCCAUAUGGAGAUCAAGACCUCGAAGGUUCGGAGGUCCUUCCUGGAGACGUUUGGAAGGCAGUUGGGCAAACCGCUGUUUGGUUGGAGUAAGGUAAUCCUGGCAAUCCUGGUGGUCCUUGUCAACUACCUGGGCAGGAUCUGUGGUUGUUGGACCCACCACUCCAAACCUGACACUUUCUGCCACAUCAUCAUGGUACUGUUACUCAGCUACUUCCUCUGCAACUUGUUGUUCAUCUCUUACAUCCACUGGAGAACCGACUUCAGAAUCGUAUGGACCGCCUCACCAAAAAGGGAAGUGAAUGAAUGA